AUGGUCGCCUACGUUGUGUGUCAAAUGUCGGUCCACGACCCAACCACGUAUCGAAAAUACACCGACUUGACGCCUGCGGUUGUGAAACGGCAUGGUGGUCGAUUCCUCACACGUGGCGAUCCCAUCUCGACCCUCGAGGGCGAGGCGUUCAAAGAUCGCAUGGUCAUCCUGGAGUUCCCGAGCGAAGAAGCAGUUCAAGCAUGGUACAAGGACCCCGACUACGUCGCGGCCAUGAAGUUCCGCCACGCAGCGUCCGUGGGCAGCAUGAUAGUUCAGGAGGGUCGGGGAAACACUGAGAAUCCCGAGCCUAACGUCUGA